AUGAAACAUGCUCGAAGAAGUGCAUUUCUGGACGAUGUUGGCUUCUCACAACGACCAGCUGUUAACGAACGGAAAAGACUUUCAAAACGUGUUUCACAAGUUGUAAUCGCAGCACGAUGUACAGAUCCACUAUUAUGGAUUUUUAGCUCAUUUCUUGGACUUUUUGUUAGCGCUCUACAAUCAAUACCAUUAGCAACAAAUGGAUGGAUUUAUGUUACUGAACCGCGACCAUACAAUAAAACAAACGAAAACGGAGAUUUGAUGGACACUAUAUUUCUUUACAAUGCAGGUUAUUUUGUAAUAUGUCGUGAGCAUAAAGAAGAAGCUGCUGAAGAUAUUCGAUCAUACUUAUCAAAUGAAGAAGCAGCAUAUCAGUGUUACUGGAAUCCAAUCCUUACUGGUAAAGAUCUAACAGAAUUUAGUUCUGCAACUCUCGCUAUUGAAGGACGUCUUGCACUGCCUACCUCAAUGCAUAUUAUUGGUGUCAUCAUCUGUUAUAUGGCAUUUUAUUUUGGUCUCAUUGGUCAUAUAAAACGUAGCUCAAAAACACUUCUUGCAGCAAUAAUGUAUAUUUUUGGAGGUCUUGUCGUCCUCAUUGGUGUUCUACAGUUCGUUUGCAUUGUUGACGAUGAGUUGGCUCCACGAAUGAAACCAAAU